AUCCCGGGAAUGCCGGGGAGCGGCGCCACCGCCGGGCCGCCAGGGGGCGCUGCGGGGAGGGGCGCGGGGCUUCCCGCCUGACGUCAGAGCGCGCCACGGGCACGCGGCCGCCAUGGAUCCCGGGCUGUGGGGUGUGGGCGAGCAGACGGCCGUGCUGCAGGGCGGGUUCCUGCUGGCCGCCCGCCUGGCGCAGCCGCGGCCGCUGCGGGAGCUGCGCAAAGCCGAGUGGGCACGCGUGGGACCCCCCGUCACCGACGCCCUGCAGGAGAUCGGGGCCCGCUGCCCCUCGCCGCUGCAGCACAGCCGCUGGAAGAGAGAAGCUGUGGCCAUCGUCUGGGCUAAAGUCCUGCUGCCCGAGCCGCCGACUGCCUCGCUGGACCAGGGCUGGGAGGAGGAUGACUUCUUCUCCGUGGGCAGGAUGAUCCCCGAGGUGAACCACACCGUCCUCUUCGAGCUGGUCAAGGCCCUCGGUGAGCCCCGGCUCUUUGUGCAGCUGCUGCUGGUGCUGCCCCAGGACGUGGGCCGGAGCGAGCUGGAGCACCUGGUGGAGUACAUUGCCAGUGAGACGUCCCCAUCAGACACCAGGUUCUUCUUGGACGUGUGGUGGGAGGUGAUGAAACACAAGGAGGAACAAGAAGACAAAACAAUCUCUGCAUUCAGCACUCUCAUACAUCAGCAUGGGUGCGAGUCCUCUCUGGAUGAUGGUCUCCAGCCCCCAAAGAGGUUCAAGGGUGACCCUGGCUCUCUGAAUGACCCUCCUGCUGCCACCAGCCUGCUCAUGGUCUUGGUAGAGGGGUUAAAACAGACCUACAGGAGCAUCACCCAGCCCCGAAUGAGGUGCUAUGCCUUGGCUAACCUGGUGGAGCUGCUGUCUGUGUUCACCGAGCUGGAGCCAGAGAGCAGCCCCCUCCCUGUUGCAGAGUACCUGUACAAGGUCAGCUUUGUGGUCAGCCUCUGGAACAGUGACACUGAAAGCCAGUUCCACCACAGCGGGCUGGAUGAGAAAGUGAAGGAAGCAGAGAGAAGCAUGAGCCUCUUGUCCAUGGCCAAGCUCUCUUGUGAGGAGCUCUUUGUUGGCUUGGCCUUUCUCUGCAGCUUGUUGCAUGCCUGGGGAGAAGAGCUGCAGGACACCCUGAACAGCUCUGAGGGGCUCUGCUACGAGAGCUACCGGCUCCUGGACACACUUACCACUCUUGGGAAGAACCUGGUUUGCUUCUCAGAGACUAGAGACCUGGGUGAGAAUGAGACACAUGUAAUGUUAGAGCUGACACAGCUCACUAAGGAUCUUCUCAAGGAGAACAGUGCCAGCCUGAAGAGCAAGGAUUUGGGCACCAGCCUUGUGUCUUCAGUUGCCAUGACAAUCAUUGAGCAGCAGCUGGACCGGCACAUGGAGAUGUGCUCCAUUUUUGCUUCUGAAAAGACCUGGGUCUUCUCAAAGGACUGGGUUGACUGCCUUGUGAAAAACAAAGCUCUCUUCCAGAAGCCAGAGCUAGUUUUGAAAUUGCUGGAGACGCUGGUGAACUUUGCCAUGUCCUGCCAAGACAAGGAGGCCCAAGAGCUGCAGGUGCAAGUGACCAAAGCUGUUGUGGAGUGUUACACUGAACUUCCAUUAGCUGAUAAAAACAAAGUCAUCUCAGGUGUUCUGGCAUCCUGGGGUGGACCAGGUCUGUUCCUGAAGUUGCAGAUUGUCAUGGAGGAGUUCCAGGAGGAUCUGAAUGUGACUUUUAACCAGAUCACAAAGAGUGUGUCUGAUGAAGGCCUGACCAGGGCUGUGGCUUCCGUGGCCAGGCUCAUGCUGCUGUACCCCGAGGCCACAGUGAAGCACAUUUGUAAUCUUGCUGUCAUCAACCUAGGAGCACACCACUUCCUCGCACAAAUCCUCUGCUCCUUCCCAGCACUGAACUUCUUGGAGACCCACGAUGAUCCAGGCAAGCCGUGCAGCCUGGUGGUGAGGUGUCUAGAGGAGGCAGUGUGGGGGAGGCUGUCCACUGUGAGGGAAGAGGAGCAGUUCCUUGAGUUCCUGGCCUUUCUCUUGCAGCCAAGUUCUGCAGCCCCGCUUGUGACACCUGCAGAGGUGACCAAAGCCUUUGUCCUUCCCUAUUUGAAGUCAGACUCUACUCAGAUUGAGCUGAGCUUGCAGAUCCUCAGUAAGGUUUUAGGGGUACAGUCCUGUUCAGAAGAGCACUGGAUCAAGUCCUGCCACCCAUUCCCACUUCUCCUCAGCCUCUGCAAGCUUCUAGAUGGUUACACAAAGUACUGGCAUCAGCCUAAGGACCAGUUCUUCCCUUCGCUGGAGACCAAAGACUUGAUACUGAACAUCCUCUGCCAGCUCUGUGAGGUGGUGAGGCCAGAGACUGCCCCCUCCCCUGAGCUGUGGGUCCAGUCACUGGCUUGGCUUCACAGGAAGGUGGCAUCACUGGAUUGGACCAUUGGUCUCCGUCUGAAGAAGCUUUAUGGAGACCACUUCAAGAACGAGGUCCCAGCAACACUGUUUGAGAUCUGCAUGCUUCCUGAGGACAAGUGGACGUCCCAGCCUCUGCCAGCUUAUGGACCAGGCAGUGGCCUCCUGGCAUGGAUGGAGUGCUGCUGUGUGUCCACAGCUCUCAGGGAGACCAUGCUGGUGCUCCUCACGGUCAACGUGGACAACCCUGAGGAAGUGAAUCUCUUCAGCAAAGGGUUUCUGGUGGCCCUCAUUCAGGUCCUCCCUUGGUGCAGCCACAGUGAGUGGAAGAGGCUCAUGCACGUGGUUGAAAACCUGCUGCGGAGGGAAGUCCUGCACGUGCCCUACACGCUGGAGUACGUGCAGUUCAUGCCCCUUCUCAACCUCCGGCCCUUUGCCUGCUACCUCCAGUUCUCUGUGCUCUUCCUGAGGGGCUUCCAGCUCCUCUGCAGCUCCAGCUGUUCCACCUGGCUGCCAGCAGAGGCUUGGCUCCACGUGGUCCAGCUGUACUGCAGCAGCCUGACGGACCUGCUGGGCUCAGUCAAGAGUGUCGCAGGGUCCCCCUCGCACCCCGGUGAGGACGGGGCCUCCACACAGGAGGUGUCCUUCAUCUGCAUCCAGAUGUUCUGCCACCUGCUGCACGUUGCUGCCAUGCUGCCGGAGAAGGGGUGCAGCGAGCCACUGGUGGUGGUGGCUUUGGAGAUCCUCUCACAGUACGAGGCGUUCAGCAGUGCUGACAGGUCCCCCAGCACCACGCUGAGGAGAGCCAACGAGAGGCACUUCCUGGAGUCCGUCACGGAUGUCAGCGACCAGGCGCUGCGCAGCACCCUCCUGCAGAAGCUCGGCAAGCUGGGAGCCUGCUCGGCUGAGGAGCCAGCUUGAGGAGGUGGGGAGCACACCAGAGGAAAGCACAGACCCUGCCGCAGGGAGCCCCGUCCGUGGAAAGCUGUAAGAUCUGCAAUAAACUCUGUCUUUCUAUUUUCAA